CAUGUGGCUGUCAUCAUCGUCAACAACACACCAAUGGUCAACAAAAACAUCAACAGAAAGGAUUAAUUUCGUAAAAUAAUUUAGUGUCGUCGUGGGAACUUAAUUUGUUAUUAAAAUAUAAUUAUAUGUUUUGUAUUAUAUUGCAUUAGAUGUUUAGUGUUAACUAAUAAUUAUGGAAGAAGACGAAUACGCGUGUGUCAACAGAGCACAAUUGAAAAUCAAGGACAAUUCCGGAAUAAAGAAGAAAAAGAAGAAGAAAGCUAGCAAAGAAACUGAGAAAGCUAUCGAGAAUGAAGUGAAACAACAAAUUAAACAACAACAAGCCAGCACUGAAACUAAGACAAAAGCGGAAUUAGCUUUCCUAAAAAUGCAAGAGAAAAUGAAAAAGCAAAGAAUCCAACAAAAGGCAGAGAUGACCCAUAAACAGCGAGUUGAGAAGUUCAAUCAACACUUGGACAGCCUCACUGAGCACUUUGAUAUACCUAAAGUAUCUUGGACUAAGUGAAUUAUAUGUUUUUAUUAUAAGCUAUGUUACUGAUUUUGUAGUACAAUACAAUACAAAGCCUUUA